AUGUCUGCACUAAAAGGACCUCAAUUACAAUCGCCGCAGCCGGCUCCGUCAAACGUUCAGAUGCAGACCCCCGAUUCUGGUCUAUCACGGCCGCCGCAGGCCGUUCCUGCUCCCGACCCCUUCCUCGGUUUCAAGGAGCGGAUCUCGCAACCCGUUAUUGCAGCAUUUUGCGCCGGUGGUGUCGCUGGUGCCGUCUCCAGAACAGUUGUCUCGCCGUUGGAACGAUUAAAAAUCCUGCUGCAGGUGCAGAGUGCCGGGCGGAACGCCUACAAGCUGUCUGUCGGCCAGGCAUUGGGGAAAAUGUGGAAGGAGGAAGGAUGGAGGGGCUUUAUGCGCGGGAACGGAACGAAUUGCAUUCGCAUUGUGCCUUAUUCUGCUGUGCAGUUUAGCAGUUACAACUUUUAUAAACGAAAUAUCUUUGAGUCCUAUCCAGGGCAAGACCUGGCACCAUUUACCCGACUGGUGUGUGGUGGCAUCGCAGGCAUUACCUCCGUCUUCUUCACAUAUCCCCUCGAUAUCGUACGAACGAGACUUUCCAUCCAGACCGCUAGCUUUGCAGAGUUGGGGUCAAAACCCGUACAUAUGCCCGGCAUGUGGGCUACCAUGACUCAAAUGUACAAGACGGAGGGUGGUAUGGCAGCAUUGUACCGUGGCAUUAUCCCGACUGUUGCUGGUGUUGCGCCAUAUGUCGGCCUUAACUUUAUGGUUUACGAAUCUGUCCGAAAAUACUUGACCUACGACGGCGAACAAAACCCGAGCGCAUCAAGAAAACUGCUGGCUGGCGCUAUUUCCGGAGCUGUUGCUCAAACGUUUACUUACCCAUUUGACGUGCUUCGACGACGCUUCCAAAUCAACACCAUGUCCGGUAUGGGAUACCAAUACAAGGGUGUUUUCGACGCCAUUAGAGUCAUUGUCGGUCAAGAAGGCAUACGCGGCCUUUACAAGGGCAUUGUUCCAAAUCUUCUCAAGGUUGCCCCGAGCAUGGCCUCAAGUUGGCUGAGUUUCGAAAUGACCCGCGACUUCUUGACUGGCCUGAACCCAGAAGUGAGCCAACAGGCUCUGUAA